GACACGAAAACUCAUCAGCCGAGCUUCCUCGGCUCCCACACGACAACGCAGAGAAAGAGAGCGCGCAUUCUCCCCGAGUCGUAUUCCUCAGUCGUCCUCGGGAUAUUUUACCGAUCAGGGAUUGACACUUCGAGUUAGAUCGAUCGUGCGUCGCCACUUCAACUCAGAAUGUUGCAGCAAAUCCUUCCGCUCGUCCUGGUGCUCCUAGCUACGCAGGGCUCGCUGGGCCAGAAGCAGCAGCAGGAGGAUCCAUGCCAGACAAAGUCGCGGGUGGUGGGUGAUGCCGAAUAUUGUGAUCGUUAUUGGGAAUGUGUAAAUGGCCGUCCGGAGUUGUUUGACUGUCCAAAUGGUCUCGUUUUCGCCGGCAAACAUCGCGGUGUCACCGAGGGUUGCGAUUACCCGUGGCGGGCGAACUAUUGUGACGGUAAACGCCAGGCAAACCCACCGAUCUCGACCGAGCACUGCGACUGGCUGUACGGCAUCUUCGGGCACGAGACUUCGUGCACCAGGUAUUGGACCUGCUGGAACGGUACCGCCACUGAGCAGCUCUGCAUAGGUGGUCUGCUUUACAACGAGAGGGCCAGAUCCUGCGACUGGCCUGAAAACGUCGAGGGAUGUCAGAAGCAUCCUCUCUGCAAUGACGACGCCAACGGCAACGUGCCCCUGGGCAAAUCGUGCAACCGCUACUGGCAGUGUCAGGGUGGCUAUCCGCGGCUGCAGCGGUGCCCGGCCAUGCUGGUGUUUGACAGGCGAUCAUUGAGGUGCGUGGUACCACCGACGGAGGAUUGCGACGUACCCACGACGCCGCUACCCGCCGAGGGCGAGUUACCCGAAGGUCGCAACGAGCAAGAGCCUGAAGAGGAAAACCUGCCACCUGGCGUGCCACCGUUGCCGUCAGGCGCGCUACCGAUCCCCCUGCGACCGCGCGCCAGGAACUAAGGCGACGAUUGGUCCUGCAUCCAAGUUGGAAGGACCGAAGGAAGCGAGAGGGGUCCCUUUGACGAGCGAGAUCGCGAAGGUCGAGCUCGUCGUCGAUCAUCGAUCGGAGAGUUCUCGAAAGGUUCUCUCGUCGGGUCUCCCCGGAAUCCCGCGCAAAUCCUGUAAUUCCAUAAUUCUAGAGUCGAGUAGAAUCGAGUUUGAGAUAUUUAGAGCUUCUUUGAUAUUCUGAAAUUGUUCUGGAUGCCAGAGGAAAGGCCUGUGAUUUCUCGGGGACGUUGACAAAGUUCCAUUCCUUCUUGAUAACAUUUCUGCUGCAGUGGAUUACUUUCUUAAUUAUAAAGACAUGUGGCUGAAAUUUGAGUAAUCGGUAAAUAUUAUUUUAAUUAUUUUAUUGAUGAGGAAUACAUUUAUGAAAUAUAUGAUUUUAUACAAAUUUAUAAAUUUGAUAAACAUCAACGAAGAUACACUUAAAGAAAAGGAAAAAACAAAAAUGGGAUUAACAACAAUAUGAAAAAAGCUGAUUAUAAAAUUGUUUAAUAAUGCAAUACUCUUGCAUACUGUGAAAUAUCAAAUAAAAGAUAUGAAUUACAAAUAAAA